AUGGGCUCCAUGCUGGGGCCCAACCUGAGCUGUUUCUGGUGCAGGGGUCGGCUGUCGCUGCCCGAGGGUCUUUGGAGCACCUGGGCCCCCCCGGAUACUGACAGCGACUCCCCGUGGGUCCAGCGACAGAACAGGACCUCAGGACCCCACUCCAACAGCAGUCCGAUCUCCUCCUGGGCCCCGGGACUGGAGGUUUGGGAUUGGGAGUGGGAGGAGGAGGAGGAGGGCCACUCGAGAGGGUGGUCACCCUCCUGGCUGACAGGGGCUCUGCUUUGGCUGGCCUGUGGGGUGGGUCUGGCCGGAAACUUGUACGCCCUGGGCCUCGGCUGCUGCCGAGGAGACCGGGGCAGCCGUCUGCGUCUGCACCUCCGCAGCCUGGCUGCCUCCGACCUGCUGUACCUGUGUACGGCCCCGUUCGCUGGCUACGGCGCCUGGUCGCGGGACUGGGCCUUCGGAGAGACCGGCUGCCGCCUGCUGCUCGGCCUCGACAUCUGCACCAUGCACGCCAGCGCCUUCACCCUGGUGCUGAUGAGCGCCCAGCGAUACCGGGCCAUCUCGAGGCCGCUGCGGGGUCCCCUCUCCCCCUCGGGCUCCUCCUCCACUGCCGCUGCCUUGCUGGCGGCCUGGAUGACAGCCUUGGCCCUGUCGUUGCCCGUGGCGACGGCAGUGAGAGUCGAGGAGGGGGACAGUGAAGGUGGCGGCCGAAGACUGUGCGCUCCGGGCUGGAGUCAGCAGGAGAGUCGGGGUUACCUCACGCUGCUCUUCAUCACCAGCAGCUUGGUGCCCGGGCUGCUGAUCGCCGGCCUGUACGCAGGCCUGGCGCGGGCCUACUGCCGGGCGCGGCGGAGGUGGCGGCGGCAGGCCUGGCCGGCGAGGGGAGCGGGCCGGCGGCCUCUGCUGCUGACGCUGGCCGUCGUGCUCAGUCACUGGCUCUGCUUCCUGCCUUUCUGGCUGUGGCAGCUGGCCCCACUCUACCUGGAGGGUGCUGCCCUGCCCUUCCCCGCCCAGGGCCUGGUCAACGAUCUACUCUCUGUUCUGACCUAUGCCAACAGCUGCCUCGAUCCCUUCCUCUACACCCUGCUCACCCAGCAACACCGCAGGGCCGAGCGACCGCAGGCCAAGGGGGGUGGCAGGGUUGUCAGGCUCCGCCAGGGGCAGGCCGGAGGAGACGGAGGAGGUGGUGGACAAGCAGGAGAUUCUGGACAAGGUGAGGGAGACCAUGCAGGAGGAGGGAAUAGUGACAGCAGGAGGGAGAGCAAGCCAACUGAUGGGCCGAACGUCACUGAG